AAGAGCAAACUCUUGUCUUUAUUUCUCUCUCCGUAUGCAAUUUUGGUUUUCUCUUAUCCGUAUCGGUAAAAAAUCAUCUGUUUCUGGUUGGGUUUCUGCAGAAGCAAAGAGAGAUGGCGAAAGUCAUUUCCUUCCAAGAACUUGCGAAGCACAAGUGCAGGAACAACUGCUGGAUUCUCAUCCAUGGAAAGGUUUAUGACGUCAGCAGCUUCAUGGAUGAACACCCCGGCGGCGACAAUCUUUUGCUGUCCGUAACUGGGAAGGAUGCGUCGGAUGAUUUUGAUGACGUGAGCCACAGUGAGGAGGCGAAGGGGAUGAUGAAGAGGUUUUACAUAGGUGACGUCGACAGACAGACUGUCCCCGCGACCAAGAAGUACGUCCCUCCAUGGAAGGAGUCGAAGACUGCUCAGUCAACGGCCACCGUCAAUGCCGCGUCAGCUAAAGCCUCCGGGUCCCACAAGAUGUUUCAGUUCUUGGUCCCUCUCCUCAUCCUCGGAGCCGCCCUCGUUUUCAGAUUCUACACCAAAUGACGGAAAGGAUUACGAUACUCUUGUUUCAUUAUAUUAUAUUCGGUGUCUGCGUAAUGUUACGUAUAUGGAUUGUGUUUGUAAUAAUGGACCGUCAAGACCUUGUUUUCGGCUGCUGUUGUUAUAGCAUACAAUUGAAACGAAACGUUGUGUUAUUAUGUGAUUGAAGUGUGAAAAGUUAAAACCAAGUCCGAUAUCGUUGUUGGGCUUUGAAUGA